CCACCAGCAACGCCGCAACCACACAGCACUCAUAUAUAGGAUUCCUGGAGCUGCAUUCUAUAAUUACUGCAAACAAUUUAAAACUAAAACAUUUCAUUUUCAAACCACAAAAACAACAACAACUUCUUCCAGCCGCAGUCAAACGUUAAAAAAAAACAUGAGAAAUAUAGUGAGAGUAAAUGAUACUAUAAUAUAUUAUUAUUAUUAUAUGACGAUCAUUAAAAACCAGACCCCCCACGUACGCAUUUUUAAUUUCCCUCCUCCCCCCACCACCCUCCUUAUAUUUAGAUAUAUAUAUAUAUAUAUAUAAAUAUAUCCAUUUCCUCCGCCGAUUCUCUCAUCCUCCAUUUCUUCCCCUCUUCUUCCUUUCCAUUCUCCAUUCUCCACUCUUCUCUUUCCGACUAUUUGCUUUCCAUUUCCUUUCUGCGCAUUUCAUUCUUUCUCAUCUUCAAUUAAUUCCCUCCCAUUCCUGAAAAUAAAUAAACUAAACCAAAAUGGCGGCUGCUUCUAUGCUUGGACUUAAUGACAGUACCGGUGAUGACAAGCUCGCCUUCGAGAUUUUCUCCAUCCUCGAAAACAAGUUCCUCUUUGGCCCAAACCCUUCUUCCCCCUCCACUCCCGGCGGCGGUAACGGCAAGGUCCGAAUUCUCUCCAUUGAUGCUGGUGGCUCCACCCACGGCCUUCUCGCCGCUAAGUCUCUCGCCCACUUGGAAGCCACCCUUAUACGCCAUACCGGCAAUUUACACGCUCGUCUUGCCGAUUUCUUCGACGUCGUCGCCGGAGCCGGUGCCGGCGGCGUCCUCGCCGGGAUGCUCUUCACCCGGGCCAGAGACGGCCGCCCACUGUUCUCUGCAGAGGAAGCUCUGGAAUUCAUGCUCAACAACUCCCGAAAACUCUCGGGGACAUGCUCCACCGGCGGCCUUGUCCGACGUGUUUUCCGGUCUUCAAACGGCAGCGCCGACGGGUUGUUGGAGAAGUUGUUCGGGGACUUGACUUUGAAGGACACGCUGAAGGCGGUUCUGAUCCCCUGCUACGACUUGGGCACCGGGGCCCCGUUCCUGUUUUCGCGGGCCGACGCCCUGGAAAUGGACGGCUGCGAUUUCAGGAUGGCCGACGUGUGUAGGGCCACCAUCGCAAACAGCAAGGCCCUCGAGAUGCGGUCAAACGACGGCCGGAAGAAGAUCUCUGCCGUCGGCGGCGGGGUCGCCAUGAGCAACCCCACCGCCGCGGCCAUCACCCACGUGCUCAACAACAAGCUGGAGUUCCCCUUGUGCAGAGGAGUGGAAGACGUGGUGGUGGUGUCUUUAGGCAACGGCGAAAUGGACUGCGCGGCCGCCAGCGGGAACUACAAGUCGUCGCCGGCAGCUUACUUGAGCAUCGCCGGAGACGGGGCCUCCGACAUGGUGGACCAGGCGGUGUCGAUGGCAUUUGGGGAAUCAAGGUGCAGCAACUACGUGAGGAUCCAGGGCAACAACGGAAUCAGUAGUACUAGUGUGAAUAAUAAUAAUAAAAACAAGAAGAAGAAGAAGAAUUUGGAGAGUGUGGCGGACCAAAUGCUGGGGCAGAAGAAUGUGGAAUCAGUGCUGUUUAAAGGGAAGAAAUUGGGAGAAAGAAGCAAUGUGGAGAAGUUGAAUGAGAUUGGGAAGGAGCUGAUCAAGGAGCAACAAUGGAGAAACAGCAGUGGAUGUGUGUUGCCUCCAGUCAUCUUGAAACAUUCCUCAACAACUUCUCUGGAUUCCCCUCCUCGUUCCUCUUCUGCCACUACCUUAUCCACCGUUUCCUCGGCCUAACACAACUUUGGGAUGAAAGAUACAACAAACUCUGUGAUGUAUUUAGACAUCCGAGUUUUUGGUUGAGGAUUUUGUGUUUUUUUUUUUUUUUUGAGGGGGGGGGGGG